AAGAGAGAGGAGGAGGAGCGGAGGGAAAGGUAUCAUCAGCAGCAACAGCAGUGCAGCACAAAGGCGAAUGCAACGGAGGAAGGUGUAGAGAGGAAGAGAGUGAGGGGGAGAAAGAAGACGUUUGCGGAGGACUGAGUCCUUUGCCGCAGACAUGACCACAGGCUCAUCGUUCAAGCGGAUGUAACCUUGACGAUUCUCGUCUGCUGCUGCUGCUGCUGCACACUGGACCACACAGCGGUGUGUGUGUGUGAGGGUGCGCUCAGGCGUUGCUAUGACAUUCAGAGAGCUGCAUCAUCUGGUACAGCGUGUACAUGUGUGUUCUGCGACCAUUUGGCUCAACUAAUAGGAAAAGAGCACCGUCAAGUGUGUAAGUGUGUGUGUGAGAAAGUGUGAUCAUGCAUUGUAGUCUGUGUGUUAAGUAAAGGUAAAAAAGGUCAGAUAUGCAAGCGAAACUAAAGCUUUCUUAACCCUAAAAGAGAGAGAUAGUAAAGAAGAUAUUGAGGAAGGGCGAACGAGAAAAUAAGGGCAGUGUGUGAGACCGAGAGAGAGAGAGAUGCAGUAUGGUUAAAGUCUUUGUGCCUCAGCAUCAUCAGAUUUUCUGCUGCAGAUGCUACAGUAGCUCAUCUCCGCACUAGAGCGCUACCCUGACACACACACGCAGAAACGCACGCGGACGGACGCAGACAGCUGCAGCUUUGGGGAGGAGCCAGAGAACCCGAUCAAAGGUCAAUAGAGGGACCCUGGGAGAGCUGCCGAGGGCAGAGGUUGUGAUUCCUCCAGCUGAAGGUCAGAAGGAGCGUAAGAGCCAUAAGCGAGGCAUCAUGGGCGAGUGGACUAUAUUGGAGAGGUUGCUGGAGGCUGCGGUGCAGCAGCACUCUACUAUGAUCGGCAGGAUCCUGCUGACAGUGGUGGUGAUUUUCCGGAUCCUGAUUGUGGGUAUAGUGGGAGAGAAGGUGUACGAAGAUGAACAGAUUAUGUUUAUUUGUAACACGCUGCAGCCGGGUUGCAACCAGGCCUGCUAUGAUAAAGCCUUCCCCAUCUCCCAUAUCCGUUACUGGGUUUUCCAGAUCAUCUUGGUCUGCACCCCUAGCCUCUGUUUUAUCACUUAUUCUGUGCAUCAGUCUGCCAAGUACAAAGAUCGCACCUACACGCUUCUGCACGGCCCCUACAUUGAUCACGGGCACGGAGUGAAUCGAAAGAUGCGAAACAUCAACGGCAUCCUAGUGCACCCGGAAGGCAAAGAUGACCGCGAUUGUCUGGAUUUGAAAGAUAUUCCCAACAUUCCCCAGGGGGUCACGUACUCCAAAAGUAACAAGAUGCGUCAACAGGAGGGCAUUUCCCGUUUCUACGUCAUACAGGUGGUGUUCCGGAACGUUUUGGAAAUUGGCUUUCUUGCUGGCCAGUACUUCUUGUAUGGAUUCAAUGUUCCCGCCAUGUUCGAAUGCGACCGUUACCCCUGCGUAAAGGAGGUCGAAUGCUACGUUUCUAGGCCCACAGAGAAGACGGUUUUCCUUGUGUUCAUGUUUGCGGUUAGCGGGAUCUGUGUGGUGCUGAAUUUGGCUGAGCUAAACCACCUGGGUUGGAGGAAGAUCAAGGCAGCGAUUCGUGGCGUCCAGGCUCGUAGAAAGUCCAUUUGUGAGAUCCGGAAAAAGGAUGUGUCACACCUAUCCUCCGUGCCCAACUUGGGCCGCACCCAAUCUAGCGAAUCAGCCUAUGUCUGACAGCGAAUAGGGGAGGGGCUUAGACGAGGUUGGGAGUGGCUGAUGAGGCGACGGCCACGCCCUGUGCUGCAUACUUGACACUUCUUAUUUUAUGCAUAGCUCAGACUGGGUGAGCAAGGGGUAGGGUGUAAAGAUAAAGAACAUGAGUCAACGAGUAUAAUUUUUGGUUAAUAAAAUUGAUCUCUUUCAACCUAAGACUUUGUGGAACAAACAGGAGGCUUGUACAAAAACACAUUGACACAACAGCCCCCUAAACAAGUCUUCCAACAGUAAAGAGACAUUUAAAAAAUGAAAUCAAUUUGAGUUGCCUGUUGUCUAAAGAGAUAGAAAGACAAAAAACUGAGAGAUUAGAGAGACAAUAGAGGGAGAUGUUCAGCAGACAUUUGACAUUUUUCCUUAUUAAUACUGAGACAUCCCUCACUUUCUGAAGAGCCAGAAUAAGAUGAAUGGUGAAUGUACAAAAGAGCAAAGUUUAAAACUGUACCUCAGCACAGACUCCUCUACGCCUCUCCCCUAUUUUCUUUCUUUCAUUUCAUCUCUCCGUCUCUUUCUGCAUAGUUUUAUAGAUAUACUAUAGGCAUAACGUACAAAAGGCAAGGAGAAAACAUGAAUAUUGAUCUUCUGAUAACCACCCCCACGUUUAAUGGAGGGCCAUGAGACUCACAUGUAAAUCGACACUGACUUUAUUGUCCACACUGUUCAAAUCUCCCAUAAUCCACUGCUUCAUCAACUUCUGAAGCACUACUGUACAUAUCUAAGAAUAUCAAUACUGCAAUGUUCAUGUAUUUCACACGCUGAAGUGUAGCUUUUGCCAUUAUUUGAAAAAAAAACAUUGAUUGCAAAAAGAAAAAACAAAUAUGUCAUAAUAAUUGUGUUUAAUUUGCAUUUAUUCUGUAAUGGACAGAAAAAAAUGUGAUUUUGUACUAUGGGCAUUUCCUGACAAAGGCAUGUUAUAAUGCAUCAUUAGAAUGGCUAGAUAGUGUUACGAGCUGUGUAAAGACACAUUGUUUCUUUUUGCACCCAGUUUUUUGGAGGUGUAUUCUUCAGCAUGCGGGCAGGAGAUCUAUAGCUCUAUGGGAAUGGCAGAGAGAGUCUAUACUGAUUAAGGCUCCAUUGCAGCAAUAAUAUAAAUAUAUAUAAAUA